AUACCGUUUCCUCGCGCGUCUCCUUGCACAGCGUCGCGCGCAGUGUGCGGGGGCCCCUCGCGGAGAGGCAGACGUCACUGCUGUCAGUUUGUGGCCGUUUGUCACAUCGGUGGGUUUCAGUUCGAUUGAGAUGCUGCUCAGACCCGCAGCCUCCUCACAGAGCGCCUCGUUUUCUCGUCUUUCGUUUCAAACGGCGACUACCGGUGAAGACAAAAACGGGAAUGAAUCACGGAAAGCGACAAUUUAACGGCGGAAAGAAGGAGAAGACGUCGCCGGAAUGACCCCCCACAAAGAAACGCGUUUCCUCGCGCAGCGCUCCUGAAGCUCAUCCAACGGUUUCAAAGGCGCACAACCAGCCGUCAAUCAUGCCGGUGCGACGAGGUCACGUCGCGCCACAGAACACGUUUCUCGGGAUUAUCAUCCGCAAAUUCGAGGGUCAAAACAAGAGAUUUGUCAUAGCCAAUGCACGUGUCCAGAACUGUGCCAUCAUCUACUGCAAUGAUGCCUUCUGUGAGAUGACAGGGUUUUCCCGGCCGGACAUCAUGCAGAAGCCGUGCACCUGUGACUUCCUGCACGGACAGCUGACCAAGCGGCACGCUAUUGCGCAGGUAGCACAGGCUCUCCUGGGCUCGGAGGAACGCAAAGUGGAGAUCACCUACCACCGCAAGGACGGAUCAGACUUCUUGUGUGUGACACACAUCAUUCCAGUGAAGAAUGAAGAGGGUGUUGUCAUGCUGUUCAUCUUGAGCUUCGAUUAUGUGCUGAAAGAGGGCAGCAUGGAUUCAUUAGAUCGACUCAACCACACCUCGCCAGCCAGACAAGAACAAAAAAAAGGACGUUUCUUCCGUUUUCGUCUGCCUGCACCACUGAGCAUGCUGGGAGUGAGUAAGCAAUCCCUCCCUCAGGAAGACCCAGAUGAGGUGACCAUCCAUUCGGCUGAUCAGAAUGAGAAACGCUCUUCCUGCUCGUCAUCUGUCUCUCUUUCCCUUUCUCCACGUGAGCUCCAUCCACCCACCGGUGAGAGCUGUAGCCCCUCCUACGGAAAUGACACCUGGGCUCUGAUUGGCCAGAAUUAUCUGGGGUCAUGCUCACCUAUCUCAGGGCCACAGGAUCACUCAUCUCCAAGGGGCCCCUGGGAGAGGGUGGAGCCCCAGGAGCCUUUGCCGACUGCAUCCAGGAGAGCAUCACGGGCCAGUAUGUGCACGUUUAGGAGAGUAUCAUCUACACAAGAUUUAGAAGGACUCAGCACGCAGAGGACGUACCGUGAUCGCCAUGCUAGCGAAGAUAAUGGGCGUAGUAUUAAAGUGUCGCGCUCUUGGAUGGCUGGGGGACCAUUUAAUCAGAUCAAGUCCAGCAUUUUGGGUUCCACGUCUGACUCAAACCUCACUAAGUACAGCACCAUCAACAAGAUCCCUCUCAUCACUCUCAACUUCUCAGAGACCAACAAUGACAAGCGGGCAUCAUCUCCGCAUUCCUCAGAUAAAACCAUCAUUGCACCAAAGGUCAAAGAUCGAGCACACAACGUCACAGAGAAGGUCACACAGGUGUUGUCGCUAGGCGCUGACGUGCUUCCAGAGUAUAAGCUUCAGAUGCCACGCAUCGACAAGUUCACCAUCCUACACUACAGCCCCUUCAAGGCAGUCUGGGAUUGGCUGAUUCUGCUGCUAGUCAUAUACACCGCUGUUUUCACGCCCUACAGCGCUGCUUUCCUGCUCAAUGACGUAGAGGAGCAAAAGAGACGAGAGUGUGGUUAUUCCUGCAGCCCGCUCAACGUGGUGGACCUCAUAGUGGACAUCAUGUUUAUUGUAGACAUUCUUAUAAAUUUCCGGACUACGUACGUUAAUGCCAACGAAGAGGUGGUUAGUCAUCCAGCUAAGAUAGCAGUGCAUUACUUCAAGGGAUGGUUCUUCAUAGACAUGGUGGCAGCCAUACCGUUUGAUCUGCUCAUAUUUGAGGGAGGAUCAGAAGAGACCACGACUUUGAUUGGCCUGCUUAAGACUGCCAGACUGCUCCGAUUGGUCCGUGUGGCACGGAAGCUGGAUCGUUACUCAGAGUAUGGGGCGGCUGUCCUAAUGCUCCUCAUGUGUAUCUUUGCACUGAUUGCUCAUUGGUUGGCUUGCAUAUGGUAUGCAAUCGGCAAUGUGGAGAAGCACUAUCUGGAUCACACGAUUGGCUGGUUGGACAAUCUAGCUAUAUCUAUCGGCAAGCAGUAUAAUGGCACCGACCUCUCCUCAGGCCCCUCAAUCAAGGACAAGUAUGUGACAGCACUGUAUUUCACAUUCAGCAGUCUGACCAGCGUGGGCUUUGGAAACGUGUCGCCAAAUACCAACUCAGAGAAGAUCUUCUCCAUCUGCGUCAUGCUCAUUGGCUCUCUGAUGUAUGCUAGUAUCUUUGGGAAUGUGUCUGCUAUAAUUCAGCGACUGUACUCAGGAACAGCUCGGUACCAUCUGCAGAUGCUUCGGGUCAAAGAAUUCAUUCGCUUCCACCAGAUCCCUAACCCGCUGAGACAAAGACUGGAGGAGUACUUCCAACACGCAUGCACAUACACCAAUGGCAUCGACAUGAACAUGGUACUGAAGGGCUUUCCAGAGUGCCUGCAGGCUGAUAUCUGUCUUCAUCUGAAUCAAAGUUUGCUCCAGAGCUGCAAGGCUUUCGGCGGAGCGACCAAAGGAUGCCUUCGGGCACUGGCGAUGCGCUUUAAGACCACUCAUGCCCCACCGGGUGACACGCUGGUGCAUUGCGGGGACGUUCUCACGGCCCUCUACUUUGUGGCCAGGGGAUCUAUCGAGAUUCUCCGAGACGACAUAGUGAUGGCCAUCCUGGGUAAGAAUGAUAUUUUUGGAGAGAUGAUUCAUCUGUACGCCAAACCGGGGAAAGCCAACGCAGAUGUUCGAGCGCUGAGCUACUGCGACCUCCACACCAUCUACAGAGAGGAUCUUCUGGAGGUUCUGGAAAUGUAUCCUGAAUUCUCAGACUACUUCCUGUCCAAUCUGGAGCUCACGUUUAACCUGCGUGAUGAGAACGCCAAGGGAGCAACAGCUCCUCAGAGGAACCUAUACACGGCCGUGAGUGACUCAGACACAGAAGAUCCUGACGUCAAGACCAAACCCUGCUUUAAGAGGAACCGCUCCGCAGGUUCUCCGAGCAGACUGAGCGGGACAGACAGGGAAAGUGGAAGAGAUCGAGAGGUUCGCACGUUACCGGGAGAGGAGGAGGAGGAGGAAGAAGAGGAGGGUGAGGAAGAAAUGGCGAGGUCUUUGAGUCAAUCCAUUCCUGUCAACCUGAACACCAUCCCUGAUACAUACUCUAAAGAUUGUGUUGAAAACAAUCUGUUUCACAAAGAUGUGUGUGUUGAAGAAUGGCCUUGUGGGAAUGCAGAUGACUCAGCGAAAUAUCAGGACAGAGGAGGAGACGACUGUGAAAGUGACAUCACAUUCGGCGAAAUGGAGCAAAGACUGGAUCUACUGCAGGAACACCUAAACAGGCUGGAAGAGCAGAUGACGUCAGACAUCCAGGCUAUUUUACAGUUGCUCCAGAGGCAGAGCACUCUGGGACCUCCGGCGUACAACACUGUGGCCGUCAGUCCCGACUACCACAAGCCUGUGCAGCCCGUCACUGCCAUGCAGACACAGAGUCCUGAUCUAGAGAACGCCUGCAAAGCCAAAGACUCCAACGCCUGCAGUUACCACGGAGAUGACCUCUGACGUCAGCACGCCACUCCAUUGGUGACGGAGCCAGAGUGGGAGGCGGGUCUCCACAGGCCCUCCUCUGAUCCUGGCUGUC